AUGGCGCCCCUGAAGAAGCUCUUCCAUACCUCACUUCUCCUGCUAGUAUGCGCAGCCAAGGCGGCCAACCCCGAAGCGGAAGCGGAAGCACUUCUCCGAUGGAAGUCCACUUUGGUUGGCGCCAACUCGCUAUCCUCAUGGUCGACCGCGAAUUCCACCUGCUCUUGGUUCGGCGUCGCCUGUGACGCUGCCGGACACGUUACGGAGCUCAGCCUUCCCAACGCCGGCCUCAACGGUACGCUCGAUUACUUGUAUUCGGCAGCACUCCGGAACCUCACCAAGAUCAAACUCAACAAAAAUAUUCUUGCUGGCGCCAUCCCGGCAAACAUAUCCAUGUUGCUCACGCUCGCCUUUCUGGACUUGGGCAGCAACAGUCUUGUUGGCUCCAUACCUCGCUCAUUCUCCAGGCUCCAAAACCUCAAGGCACUGCGGCUCUCUGCAAAUAAUCUCACAGGAGGAAUCCCGGAGGAGCUGGGGAUGAUAUCUGGGUUGGGGAAUCUUGUACUGUACGGCAAUCCCCUUGGCGGGUCGAUCCCAGCAUCACUCGGGCAGCUUCAGUUGCUACAUAUGCUCCACAUACAAAACGCUAGUCUGGUUUCCACUCUUCCACCCGAGCUGGGGAACCUUACUAGUCUUAAGUACAUGAUCCUGUCACAGAAUCAGUUAUAUGGAAGUUUGCCACCAUCUUUUGCCAGGAUACAAACAUUGUUAUUUUUUCACAUGCAUGGAAAUAAUAUCAAUGGUAGCAUCCCGUCAGAGAUGUUUACAAAUUGUACCAAGCUCGAGCGUUUCAUUGUAUAUGGAAACUUGUUAACUGGAAGCAUCUCAUCGCAUAUCAUCAAGUGCAAGGAGCUCGAGUUUUUUGAUGGAUCCGGAAACCUUUUAACUGGAAGCAUCCCAAGGGAGAUAGGGAGCAUGCGAAACUUGCAGGCAUUGUUCUUGUGGGAAAAUCACCUUACUGGAAUUAUGCCAUCAGAUAUUGGUAAUGCAACAUCUUUGAAAUUCCUUGACGUCAGCUCCAACCAUCUAGAGGGUGAGCUUCCUAGAACUAUCUCCUUGCUGGUAAAUCUUGUUGCUCUCAGCUUGUCUGGCAACAAGUUUACGGGUACCAUUCCUAAUCCUGACAGCAAGCAGUUGCCAGUUGUCAAGAUUGCCAACGGUAAAGACAAUGGCAGCUUCUCGGGAGAAUCACGAUUUCCUGGUUGCCUCUGGAAUUUGAAAGAUUUACAAGCCUUGGAUUUGUCAGGCAAUGCUUUUGCUGGGGAAAUUCCAACCUCAACUUUCAACAACUCUUCACUAAGGUCACUGCAAUUGUCAGGCAACUACUUCACAGGUUGCUUUCCAGCGGUGUUGAAGAACUUAAAAAGCCUUGUUGUUUUGGAUCUCAGUAACAAUAAGAUUUCCGGUGUAAUUCCUCCAUGGAUAGGGGAAAGCAAACCUUCGUUGAGGAUUCUCAUGCUACGGGCAAACAUGUUCUACGGAAGUAUUCCUUGGCAGGAGCUAUCACUCCUCCCCCGUCUCCAACUGCUUGAUCUUGCUGAAAAUAAUUUUGUAGGUUCCAUACCAGAAAGUUUGGUCAACUUCUCCUUGAUGGGACAGACUUUUGUGAUGCAACCAGUUGUAACAAACAUCAUAGUACUUACCAACUAUAGAUAUUAUUAUUUUUACAAUGGCAGCAUGGACAUAAUUUGGAAGGGACGGGAGUACACUUUUAAGGGAAGACAUGCCUUUGUGACUGGUAUUGAUCUCUCUGGUAAUUCUCUAUCCGGUGAGAUCCCUUCAGAGUUAACAAGUCUCAAAGGCAUGCAGUUUUUGAAUAUUUCAAGAAAUAACCUAUCUGGUAGUAUCCCCAAGGACAUUGGCAACCUAAAGUUAUUAGAGUCCCUUGACCUCUCUUGGAACAAAUUAACAGGUCAUAUUCCUCCUAGUGUCUCAAACCUGACGUCCCUUACCGUUCUCAAUCUCCCAACAACCUUCUGUCUGGAGAGAUACCUACAGGAAGUCAGCUCCAAACACUUGAGGACCCAUCGAUCUACAGCAAUAAUCUUGGACUUUGUGGCCCUCCAUUGAGCAUUCCAUGCACAAACAAUUCGAGUAGUACAGAAGCAGUUGAUGGCGACCAUGAACAUGAAACGGUGUGGCUGUACUACUCGGUGAUUGCUGGAACUGUCUUCGGUUUCUGGGUAUGGUUUGGAGCAUUGUUCUUCUGCAAGAUCUGGCGGUUUGCGUUCUUCAGUUGCAUCGAUGCCAUGCAGCAGAAAGUUGUGCACAAGAUGAAGCAUACCUGACUGUAUUUAUGACACUUAUCUGCUUCCCAGUUCCCACUAUAUAAGCUGCAGCUCUUUGUUUUCUUACACCAAUAAUCUGCAAGUAUA